CAAGGUUUCGAAGGAGUGCUUUGUAUUGAUCAAGCGACGCCGCCACGCAUCAAAAGGCGGUUAUACCUCGACUAGUUUACUUUGUGACUACUAAUUGAAGCGUUUAGACGGCAAUUGAAGGUGUUUUAUUUAUUUAUUUAUUUAAGCGAAACAGGUGAAUUUAAAGGGUGCUCGGUGACAGGAAGCGGAGAGUAUCCGCCCACGCGGUGCGCCCCCGGCUCAGAAUCGAACAAACUUACCCGCAGAUACAAUGUUACGUGUUUCGUUUGAGGCUUCUGGGGAGUCGGAAAUAUCAUAUAUGAAGCCUAGAACUUUAGCUAGAAUUGCAAAUACGGUUUGUUUGCGUGUGGAGACGUAAAAAAAAAAGUAAUCACAGUUUUGAUUUGUUUUUUUAUUCCGUCUAAUUUAUAUUAAAACUGCAAGAUAUGUAAUGAUAAAUCAAAGACAAUAUGAAUGCAAACGCUUUGUGAAGCCCUCGGAUCUUGCUUGAUAAGAAACAGGAUGAGGCUUUGAAGAAGUUUCCAAACAAGAUGUGUUAGGGUAGCCUGGCCCUGUGCAUGUUUACCCCCUUCAUCCUCAUCCUCCUCUUCACCAAGGCUUGGAGCUUUGAGCCUCCGGAGGAAAAGGCCGAUGUCUUUGCGGAAAAAGCCUGUCCGGCCUUCCUGACCUUCUUCAACGCCGCCUAUCUGGCGGGGGCCACGGUGGAGCUGCCUUGCCACUGCAAGCCCCAUCAGGUUCAUUCCGUCGUAUGGUUCUUCAGGAAGAUGGGGUCCGGUUCAGAGGAGACCAGAGCGCUGGCCGAUCACCAUGGCAAACAGCUGCUGGACUCCAGCCGGAUCCCUCAUGGCGCCGACUUGCGGAGUCGCUUCUUCAUCCGUCUCUUCAGCCUGCUGCUCUUCCGAGCCAGCGUGGAAGACUCGGGCGUCUACAUCUGCGGGUCUGAGCAGGGCGACUACUUCUACGCCUACGACCUCGACAUCCAGGAGGUCCAGAUGCUGGGGCCCGCUCGUGAGAGCAUCAGCAGGAAAAGGAGACCAAGACAAAGAUCCGGCGAGCCGCUCUACCGAGUCUUCACUGCCUUCCGGCCGUGGUCACGCUGCGAUCGCUGCGGCGUGCCGGGCGAGCAGGUCCGCGCGGGACUCUGCUACGUGCACUCCCGCUUCCUGCACGUGCGCUACCAGGGGACCAAUCGCACGGUGGUGUCUUGCGGGUCGGAGGCGGUGCCUGAGGCUUUUAGCCGUCUGAAGCGCAGCCGGCCAGGGGCCACUUUAGAGGUCAGGAGCUGUCAUGUGACCUGUCCGGAUGAAGCUCCUCCCCCUUCAGUGGUGGACAACGUCAUGGUAUUUUUGGGACAUAGUUCUAAAGAAACUCGGAUGCAGGUUUCCUACCUCAACCACCCGGCUGACCAGAUCCUGACCCUGGGCUGUCCCGAUGCCAGGCCAGGCAUGGCGGUGGCGUGGGACCGAGGAUCCAAGCCUAUUUAUCGCUUGCACAGCCAGGCGAGUCCGAGGCUUUAUAUCGAUGCCGGGCAUCACCUGGUCUUCAAACCGGCCACACUUCAGGACUCCGACGUCUACUACUGCUGGCUUCAGGGGCGCCGGGUGGUGGAGAUACACCUGCUGGUGUACACCAGUUUUGGGAAACACUCGUCCAACUGGUCGCAUCCAGAGUUUUCCACGGCCAUGCAGCUGGUUUUGAAUUGCUAUGCCAGCAUGACCGCAGCGUUCUGCCUGCUGCUGCUCGUCAGGGCAGGGGUGAGGCUGCGGAGGGAGGCGCAUACGGACUGAACUCAGUUUUGAUAAUUAAUUGACACAUUUGCAUGGAGAGGAGCCAGAUGAGGUGGCAUCCGCUCAGGAUGCCACCCGAACGCCUGUUAGGGCACGUCCAACCGGUGGGAGGCCACGGGGAAGACCCAGGACACGUUGGGAGGACUAUGUCUCCCGGCUGGCCUGGGAAGGCCUCGGGAUCCCCCCGGGAAGAGCUGGACCAAGUGGCCGGGGAGAGGAAAGUCUGGGGCUUCCCUGCUUAGGCUGCUGCCCCCGCGACCCGACCUCGGAUAAGCGGAAGACGAUGGAUUGAUGGAUGGACAUUUAAGUAAGUAAUUAAAGAUGUAUGUAUACAGUUUAUUUUGUUCCAUUUGCCCCAGCGUAGACCGGCCCUGUUAACAAAAGCAAGGAAAUGAAAGUGCCUUUUUCAAUUGUUCAAUUAAAAACAAAUAAUGCAAAAAAUGCACCAAACUUGAAAAAGGAUUCUUCACAAAAUGGUUCAUGGGGACCAAAUUUGAAACAUUUUAUUUUUAUGGGUCAAAGCUUAAACAUCAAUUGGGCAUCUUCAGAAUGGAUCUGACUAUCAUUUAAAAAGGUUUCCCUUUAGGGGACCUGUUUUUUUUUUUUUUGUCCCCGUACCGUCAGAGAUCCCCUAAAGGUGACCGUGUAAACCAGGGGUGUCCAAACUUU